GUUAGGAAUCCGUCGAUGCACGGCCGGCGUAUUGACAGAAAAUCAUUGGCAGCGUAUCCCACAAACAGAGUAAGCGCUUGCGACAGCCAGGUGGGGUCGAAGGGAGAUAAUUUGGGAGGCUGCGUGCGCGAGCAGGGCACGGCAGCACCAGUCGUAGACGAACGAUCAUCCACUCCACACGUUUUUCCAAACCUAGUAAGAGAACCCCCUAUCGAGAUGUGGGAUGACGCGGACAUAGAGGAGGAGACCAAGGCGGCGGAACCCGAGCCGGAGGCGGCGCCCGAGGCGGCUGCGCCGGCGGCGGAGGCCGCGGCCGAGGCCGAGCCCCCCGCUCCUGAGAACAUUGUCAUGGGAACCGAGCCGCGAAAACUUAUAUUCAAACAUUGGAUCAGGCCAAAAUUCCUCCAGUACACGUACCUAUACGACUACCAGCACAACUACUACGACGACGUGAUCAACUACCUGGACCGGCGGAACAAGGGGCUGCCGGUGGAGAAGCCCCGCGCGCAGACGUGGGGCGAGCGCGCCCUCCGCACCUACCUCUCAAAGAGCUCCUCAAGCUUCAGCUCGAGGUCCUCCAACAGAGACUCCGCCCUCCUCCGCCACAUCUCAGCCGGCGCUCGGUUCCAUCGCUACCACAGCAAGUCCCUCAUCUCGAGGAAGUAUUCCAAACUAGGAUUUAACACCGUCUCCAUCUAGCUUCGCUCUAACACCCUGCUUGACCUGGCUACGCGGACCUCCCCCGCCCGUUCGCGGCGUGACCUCUCUGUCCAUGUUACAGGAUUUCCUUGGUGUGAUGGCAGUGCGUCGGUCACCGCAUGAGUGGUUCGCCACUCAGUGACUUUGCCUGUUCGGAAGCCGUCCGCAUUCCUAAUCUAAUCUGUCUUAUAUGUAAGACAAUAAACUUUUAAGUUUA